AUGGAGAACAACCCCGCAGAUCACGAUGAGGCCGUUUCGCAGUUCUGUUCGCUGACCGGUCUUCAGCCUUCAGAGGCACAGGAAUACCUCGCGGCGAAUGGGUGGGAUAUCGAGGCAGCAGUGACCGAGUAUUUCGCAGAACAAGACGAGGCCUUGCAGGACGCAAAUACAGGUGGACAGCAUCUUGGUGCCGGAGAGGAAUCUGCAGGCCCGUCAGCUUCGUUGUCAGGUACACCUCAGCAGUCGUCUUCAGGUGGACGUAGCCGACCCCCCAAAAAAUUCGCUACUCUGCGUGACUUCGCGUCUGCGGGUGGUGAUUCUUCCGAUGAUGACGAGAACCCCAGCCAGCCUUUCUUUGCGGGUGGUGAGAAGUCCGGGUUGGCUGUGCAGAAUCCCGAUGAUCUCAAGAAGAAGAUUAUUGAAAAGGCCAGCAGAACCCAGCUCCCAUCCCCUGACGACUCCCAACCCCGAAGAUCCCAUUUCACUGGUACCGCCCGUACUCUUGGUGGCGACGAUGCUCCCAGUCAAGUGAUCGAAGCCCCUAGUGCUCCUGCUGCUCCCCAACUUCCACAACGAGUCCAGCGGACCCUCCACUUUUGGGCAGAUGGUUUCUCGGUUGAUGAUGGAGACUUGUACCGCUCGGACGAUCCACGGAACGCAGAAAUUCUAGACGGAAUUCGCCAGGGACGCGCUCCUCUUUCAAUAAUGAACGUACAGCGAGGUCAGGAGGUGGAUGUGGAGAUUCAACAGCACGAGGAAAAAUACGUGAAACCCAAGCCCAAGUACCAACCGUUUGCCGGACAGGGAUUCCGACUUGGAAGCCCAACACCUGGCGUCAGCGCCGCUCCACCUUCUGCUCCUGCUGCUGCCCCCAGUCAGGCUACUUCGGAACCCGCAAAGCCUAACGUGGACGAGUCGCAGCCUACAGUCACUCUGCAAAUCAGGCUCGGUGACGGAACACGCCUUACGUCCCGAUUCAACACCACUCACACUAUCGACGAUGUCUACCAGUUUGUCGGAGCGGCCAGCCCUAUCAGCCAGUCGCGUCCGUGGGUGUUGAUGACCACAUUCCCUAGCAAGGAGCUUACCGAUAAGAGUGCUGUGCUUGGUGACUUGGCUGAGUUUAAGAGAGGUGGUGUGGUGGUGCAGAAGUGGCAGUAA